GAUAAAUGGUCGAACUCAUUUAUUUAGGUCAUCUAGAAUAUGGUGGUCGAACUCAUCCUUCCAAGAUAGAUACAUGACAUGACUAAUACGAUGUACCAACAUUCACUUUAUAGUUUUCAUUUAUUCAAACGGCAGUAACACAGGUUUGUUUUCCUCAUACUCGUUAUCAUGUCUGAAAACGCAAGCCCAUCUCCAGUUCCACCCCAGGAGCCGGCCACGAGCCCGACUUUGGUUGACCCUAAUAAUGAUACAGGCGACGUAAUUCUGCCCGACCCGUUGCUAGAAUCCGGCUCUUUCAUUGACGCAGACCAGAACGAGGAUGAACCGGAGACGCCGCCAAACCAGCAGCAUCAACCAAUGUCCGAGGAGGAGCAAGGAUCGGGCCCCGGCAUUGCUGUGGAGCCGAUUUCGGUGGCUCCCCCUGCUGAUGGCUCGGCUGGGACGACUAGGCCGUCCAUAAAGAGAAACCUAGAUGAGAUGGCAAAAAGGCCGAGCUGGUUGCCUGAUACCUGGACGAUAGAUUUGAGGGUCCGUUCCUCUGGAGCCACCGCUGGAACCAUCGAUCGGUAUUACAGGAAUCCUGCCGGAAAGAAAUUCCGUUCAAAGAAUGAAGUGAUGAACUUUCUGGAAACAGGAAGUAAGAAAACGAAAAGGCCAAAUGAUGCAGAAGCUACGCAUUCUAAGAGUCCCGGGAGCAAAAAACAAAAGAAAUCCAGCUCAAAGCGCAAGAAGUCUGAGGCUUUGAAGUUUGAUUUCGAGAAGCCACCAAGUGCUGUCAGCUGGAUUUGCACAAAUGCUCCUGAAGAGACGUGGACUGCCCGGGUUGACAACAAACGUGUAGCUGAAUCUCGACAACGUGAGUGGGCUGCUGCAUUUGAACAUGUCACUCAACCCAAACCGAGUGAAGGGGCCUCUAACUGAAUGUUCUGAUAUGCCAUAUAAUGGGACUGGGCCUGGAACUUUUAGAUAAAAGGUAGUAGACCCUUUGUUUUCCUGCAAUUAGCUCAUACAGAGGUUUUCAGUUUAACCAAACACCUGUUUAAAUAACUUUUUAGAUUGGUUAGUCACUCUCUUCUUAAAUUAGGAGUUAGAAUGGGUUAUACACAUUGGGUGUUCUUAAUAUAAACUUUCAGAAAAACGUGGAGAGAAGUACUUAGUUUUACUUUUCCACUGUGUAAUGGAGUUGGUCUGUCUCUGGAUUCUUUAUAUCGCUCGACUUUUGAGUUUGAAUUGAACAGUUUGGUUUAUGUUGACACAAAUGUUUUAUUUA